UAUAGCUCGUAUUCAUUGAUAACAUUAAAACUAAUUUUUUUACUAUUGAUAAAUAAUAAUAAUUUUAAAAAUACAACGAAUAUUAAUGUCUUAAUAUUUUACUAUUUUACUCUUAAGAUGGAUUCAUUUGAUAUUUUUAAGAAAUUAUCAGUUGGAGCUAAAUUUAAAAAAACCCAACCAAGUGUAACUCCAAUCGAGAACGAAAAAUCUAAAAUAAAACAAACCAAAAUUAAUACUGUAGGUAAUCAUGUCCCUUCUGCUUUGUCAACAUUUGCUGAAAUGAAAGCAACAUAUUCUUUAAAUCCUACGUUAUUGGAAAAUAUAAUAAAAUCCGGCUAUACAGCACCAACUGCAAUCCAAACUCAAGCUAUCCCUAUUAUGUUACAAAAUAGACAAUUGUUUGCUUGUGCACCAACUGGAUCAGGUAAAACUGCUGCUUUUUUAAUUCCAAUUAUACAUCAUUUGAAAAAACCAAUGAAUAAAGGAAUUAGAGCUUUAAUAGUUAGUCCUACAAGAGAACUAGCAAAACAAACUCAUAGAGAAUGCAGUAGAUUAUGUGAAGGUAUUGGGUUAAGAUCUCAUACAUUUACAAAAAUGAAUAAAGAUAAAGAAAAAUUUAAUCCAAAAUCUACAAAAAAAUUUGAUAUUUUAAUAGCAACUCCCAACCGUCUAGUUUUUUUAUUGCAACAAGAACCACCUGCUGUUGAACUCCAAAAUGUCGAAUGGUUAAUCAUAGAUGAAUCAGAUAAAUUAUUUGAAACUGGUGUUCGGGGAUUUAGAGAUCAGUUAGCAACUAUCUAUAAAGCAUGUGGUCCAGAAACUAAACGUUGCAUGUUCAGUGCAACAUAUACUGUUGAAGUUGCUAAAUGGUCAAAAAAAAAUCUUGAUGGAUUAAUAUCAGUUUCUGUUGGCAAUAGAAAUACAACAGCUAUCACAGUUGAACAGGAUUUAAUAUUUGUUGGAAAUGAAGAAGGAAAACUAAUUGCUAUGAGAGAUUUAAUAAAAAAAGGUUUAUCACCACCAGUUUUAAUAUUCUUACAAUCAAAAGAACGAGCUAAAGAAUUAUUUAAUGAAUUGAUAUAUGAUGGCAUAAAUGUAGAUGUGAUUCAUGCUGAUCGAACUCAACAACAACGUGAUAAUACUGUGAAAGCUUUUCGAGAAGGAAAAAUUUGGGUUUUAAUUUGUACUGAAUUGAUGGGCCGAGGUAUAGAUUUCAAGGGUGUCAAUUUAGUUAUCAAUUAUGACUUUCCAUCUUCAGCAAUUUCUUAUAUUCACAGAAUUGGACGAACAGGUCGAGCUGGACGUCCUGGCAAAGCUGUAACUUUUUUUACUAAUGAUGACAAACCUAUGUUAAGAAGCAUUGCUACUGUUAUGAAAGAUUCUGGGUGUUCUGUACCUGAUUAUAUGAUAGAAAUGAAAAAAUUACACAAAAAUGUCAGAAGAAAGCUGGAAAAAAAGUAUGUUACAAGAGAUGAAAUAAGAGUUAAGCCUCAUAGAUACAUCAAGACUUCAAUUAAAGACAAAUCUGCAUCAAAUUCUCAUGUAAAACCUAUGAAAGAAAAUGACAGCAUUAAGAAAACAAAAAACAAACAAUUUAAUAAAAAUAAUAUAGUUUCUAAUGAUGCGAAAAAUAAGAAAAGAAAAUUAGACAGUUCAGACAAGAAUAAUACUAAUAAAAAACCAAAAUGUUAAUUAGUUCUUAUUAUAAUAUAUUUUAUACUAAAUGUAACAAGAA